GAAUGACGCUUAAGUAAAUCCUCCAUGAAAUACAUUGUUUACAUUGAAUGUUGUGUAAUAAUUUAGUAUACGUGGUUGGUGGUAUGCAUUUCAUGUUAUUAAGUCUACAUCUACCCCGAUAUAAAUAUUUUCACCGCGAGUGACGACACACACUUUAUUCAAGUCGUUAAAACCAGAAGCGCUGCACAGAAUCAAAGACCACAGUUGGAUUGGGCAAGUCAGGUGCGAGCCCAAGAGGUUGCUGUUUGUGAUUAGAAAAUUAAAAUGCUCGAACUUGUGCGUUAGCGACCAGAAUUCCAUUAAAUUUAACGUCCAGACUUAUAUCCAUAAGUAAAUGCAUCAUGAGCGGCGGUCAAAUGUGUCGGGUAUGCGGCCGUGGUUUCUUGAAUCCGCUGGAUGUGGUCAACAUAUUCUGUCCAGAAGGGAAAAAGGACUGUAUCGCUGCGAAAAUAUUCUACACUUUAACGAUUAUUGUAACAGAAGAUGAUCCAACACCAAAACAUAUCUGUAAAAUAUGCUUUGGACAUAUAGAUUUCUUUACAAGAUUUGCCAAUACAUGCAGAGUGACAAACAUUUCUAUAGUUAACAAUCAUCUCAAAAAUAACGUUACAUAUAGAGAAGAAAUGACAAGGUUUCUGUCUGUUCCUGUUGACAAUUUGUGCUACAAACAAAAUUCCGAUGUAAAAGGUAUAUAUGAUAUGUUUGUAAAAGUCAUGAAGAGUCCAUCACCUGUUAAAGAUAAGCAAAAUGCACCUGUUAUAAGUCAGAAGUUACCUAUUAAGCAAAAUGCACAUAAUAUUGUCAAUAACAAUAACAAUGUAAAUACAAAGGAAGCUCCGCAUAAAGAAAACAGUAGUAAAGAUCAACCUGGUAUGCCUAGUUUGGUUGUUUUACAACAACCAUUGAAUGGACCUACAGCUAAAAGCAACAAUGAAAUCAUAUGUUUGGAUGACGACGAUGACAAUGACGAUGUACAAGUAAUUGAAAACGUAAACGCUAGAUCUAACAUAGUGAAAAAAAGGAAUGCUACUGUUGUAUUGCAAAAAAGAACUGGUCAACCACUAACCACGCCUAUAAGUAAAAUAAAUUACGUUCAACUGAGAAAUAUACGUCAGGUUACAAGCAUUGAUUCCCAUGGUACGUCUAAUGUUCCACCAAGAAAUUCUAUAGGAACAUUUUCACUAGCUCAACCACCAAAUAAUUCAGAACAAAUGAUUAUAACUCCUGACAUACCGGCAUUACCUUCUACUGAAAGUACCUCUUUUGAUUCCAAUUCUGAUCAUUGUUAUGCGGUCUCGGAUGUUGAUACCAACAAGUCGGUUGGAUCUUCAGUUACGCCAGAAACAGGAUUCCAUUUUUUAUUUUCUAGUGACCAAACUGUGGAUUUAACUAGUAUAGAUACAUCACCCAAAAAGAAGCUCAAAAAAGUAAUUAAUCAGCGAAAAGUUAACAAUAGCAGAAAAUUAGUUAAAAUUUCUUCGGUCCCAGUCCAGGAUAUUAUGGUGCCAACUGUACAAAUUGAACAACCUCCAUUGAUGAACGGAUCCAGACCUAAAAGAACGCAGACAGUUGCAGCAAGCACUGAAGUUAAAAAAUCGAAGAAAUCCACUUCAGAACAAACCGAUGGAAUCAAUCAAAGACAAUGCUCUAUACAAUUGUUACCUCUUGAGAUAUCUCUAUAUCAGUGUCCGCUUUGUGAAAAAUAUUUCUCUUGCGUUAAAAGCCGUCAACAACACGAAUGUAAAUGCCACUCUUCGCCUCCGCCACAACCAUCGUCAACAGAGGUAUGUGAGAAAUUAGAUUCACCAACACGUGAAAAAACACAUUCGACUAGCCAACAAGAGUUUCUCACAAAAUUGAAUCUUGUUAAACGAGUGUCUAUCAACUUGCCAAAACACUUUGCCAAGCGUAAACACUUACAAAAGGCUUUAGCGUUGUGCGGCAAUGUUUUAGGCAAAUAUAAAUGCCAUUACUGCAGGUACGAGACGUCGCGGCCAUACAUACUGUGGGCCCACAUGUACGUUAACCACGUGCAGUUCGCCUCAGACACGAGAUCAAACUCUUUUUGUUUUGUUUGUAAUCGGUCGUUCGGCAAGCGUACAAAGUUACUCAAGCAUCUGGACAAAUGUGUGGAGAACCACCAGGAAAUCGAGUGCAUCGAUAACCCAUGUGACGCCACACUGUCUUGUGAUUAUAGCGAUGCAAACAUUAAUUCACUUCAAGAACUAGAAGAUAAGUUGUGGACACUUGUAGAUGUCUAGAGCUGAGUGUCCGUUUCAACACUUUUACUCGGUUCAAGGAGAACCCAAUCGAGAAUACAAAUGCCGAAAUGGUUUAGUUAUUUAAUUGUACAGUUUUUUUGAUAUAUUCAUAAGUUGUUGUUGAACAUCUUAUUACUGAAAAUUGAUUUUGGUCAAUUUUCUUUUUUUUUUAUGAUAUUGUAUAUUGGACUUUUUAUGUUACAUACUAUUUGUUUUAUAAUUUUUAAAAAGCCAACACUAAAAAUACUGUACGAAGAUAUAAAAAUAUGCAACCGUAAUCGGUUGUAUUAAAUAUUAUGUUUUUUAUUUUUAGCUAAUAAAUUGUUAGCCUAUUUAUAAUUACAGCCCUUAUAUUACAGUAUUUCCUCUAGAACCAAAUGUGCCAUCAAUAUUAUAUAGCAAUUUUUACCUGACUUGAUGAAUAAUACAUUUCGAAUUUAAUCAACUACUAAUAAUAUCAUGUUAGGCCGUUUAAGUAAAACACACCAUCAAAACAUAACUAAGUAAAAUGAGGAAUAUACUUAUAUUGACUUAUUUACUAUAUUAAUAUAAUAUUAUAAAUUUAUAUUUAUUCGAUUGAAUAUAAUAAUUUGGUUAAAAUAUUUAAGGUUUUACUUAACAUUACACACAAUUACUAUUUAUUAUAAAAUCGUAUUACUCUGUUUACCGAAUUUCUUCUUGGACUUUUAUUUAAGUUAA